AUGCAGGGGACAAAGGUUUCUGCGGUGGCUUAUAACGCUGUUAUCGACGAAUUUGCUGAACUUCUUAUGCCAUACAAAAGGUACUACCUCACUGGAGCAAAGGUACGCCCCGAGGUUCCUUUGUAUCAAGUUGGUGAUUACAAGUACAAUUGGCUUAUAAAUACAAGAACUUACGCCGAAGAAUACCAAGAAGCCAUACCUCCACAGCUGCCAUGCCUAAUUGAUGUCCAUGCCUUUGCAAACAUACACAAGUAUGCUGACACAGAUAACCCAAGAAAAUACAGAAAUACGGAUAAGCUCAUCCCAAUGCCCGAAGUGACUGAUGUUAAUACUGUUGCAAAUGCUUUGGCCUCAAUCAGAUAUCUGCCGAGAAGAUCUCAUGUAGAAGCAAGGUGCCGAUUGCCAGUGGCAAUUGAAGAUAAAACUGGAACCAUAUAUGCAAUAAUAUAUGGUGCUGAUGCAGAACAAUUAAUCCCUUACAAUGGCAAUCAGCUUUAUGAGGCAGACCAACAGUCACAGCACCAAGUCACCUGCUUCAUUAAAUAUUCUGAGGCGGCUCAUCACACAAUAAUCAAGCUUUACAUUGGUGAAAUGAUGAUAGUGCAAGAAAAUAUAGCUAAUCCAAAAUCAGCUGACAAGGAGCCCUCCACAUCCACACCAUCAAAGAAAUUGUACUCACUGUGCUCGAGAAAGCGCGGGGUAUCGGUGCCGUCGGGUUUCGGGUGGAUUUUUCCGGUUUGUGCUUCAGUUGAUUCGCAUCUGCAACCGAUGUGUUUGCUGAGGCACGUCAGCCGAUCAGGAGACUCAAUUAUCGAACAAGCAGGCGAUGUUGAAAGAGCUAAGGCUUAUUUUGAUAAAGCUGCUAAAGUCGAUCCCAAUGUCUGGGCCUUAACCUUCUGGAAACGAUUGAGCAGAGAAUUAGGAACCACCAUGUUGUGUGCUAUGGUUCUUCUGAUGUACAACUAUUCACACCAAGCACUAAGGUUUGUCUCGAAGAAAUUGAAAGCGGUUUUACGAACACAGAUAUACAAGUUGCCGUUAACCACUCACAGCACAGCACAGCGCUUUUAA